GCGACUUUGUUUUCGAUCCACCACGUCCAUUUAUAUUGUUCGUCAUUGUCAAAUCGGUGGGGAACAGCAGACGCUGCAGAGCGCUGGCAUUUCUACAACUUUUAACUCUGUGUUAAUACGGUUUGCGCGUUAGUGAAAGUCAACUUCAUUCUGUGCAAUUUUGCCUGUCAAGGUGGAAAGUUAUGCUGUAAAUUAGAUAUAAUAAUCGCGAAGUCAAACAAUGGAAAUGGAGAGCGCACCGUUUGCCGAAAUCUGAAGGCAGAGAUCGUGGUGGGAAAUCCUUACCCGCUUUGAAUGCGAGCAGAGCGGCGAACUGAAGGAUAAAUGCCCCCGCCGAGAUCGACGUGGACCCGGCGAUUCCAUGUCUUUCUUGGACUGCUCCUGCAUAUCCAACACCCAGGUCCACUCUUUCAGCAUUGAGGACCACUAUGAGGAUGUCAGCCAACAGCACUUGAGCAGAGAUGGGUCAACGUGUGCUGUGAGUGGGGCAGCUGACAGUGAUGACCUCGCCUCGCUCUCCGCUGAUGCUUCCCAUUACCAGCUUCUGUCAGAGCUGGGGUGGGGCUUCAACAACCUGAGUCAGGUGUGUAUGGCGCGACACAUGCCGUCUGGCCGGCUGGUGGCAGUGAAGCGCACCAACCUGGAUCGCUGUACCGAGGAUGAGCUGCUACAGCUGCUGAACGAGGUACUACUGUGUCGGCUGUUCCGCCACCCCAACCUCCUGACGUCACGCCUGGUAUUCGGCUUCUGCUGCCAGCUGUGGGUCCUCACGCCCCUCGUUAGUUAUGGCUCGGCAGACGCCCUUCUCAGGACGUAUUUCCCGGAUGGCAUGAGCGAGUCCCUCAUCGCAUACCUUCUGCACGGUGUCCUCAAGGGCCUGGAGUACCUACAUGAGAUGGGAUACGUGCACAGAGGCGUGAAGGCCAGCCAUAUUCUGCUGUCCACCGAGGGCCGUGUCUACCUGUCGGGACUGCACAGCGCCUACAGCCUGGUGCGGGACGGCCGGCGGCUGCAGGCCGUGUAUGACAUGCCGCAACACAGCCCUGCCCUGCUGCCCUGGCUUAGCCCAGAACUCCUUCGACAGGAUCUCCAUGGAUACGGGGUAAAGUCGGACAUCUACAGCCUGGGAAUCGUGGCCUGUGAGCUGGUCAGCGGGCGGGUGCCCUUCCAGGACAUGCACCCCACUCUGAUGCUGCUUCAGAAGUUGCGUGGUACACAUUGCUGCCUGUUGGACGUGGCCCCCUUCCCCCUGGGAGAGAUGGGGGGCCUCAAGGUGUCCCGCUCAGGUGUGGACUCUGGCAUCGGAGAGAGCGUGGCUACAGGCAGCCUGACCCGCGCCGUGGCCCCGGACCGGCCGCAGAGCCCGACGCUGAAGAACCACUCGGCCACCUUCCACAACUUGGUACAGCUGUGCCUGCAGCAGCAGCCGGAGCGCCGACCAUCUGCCUCUGCAUUGUCGACACACACUUUCUUCAGACAGGUGAGACGACACACCCGGGACUCCUUCCUCAGCCUCAUGUACCCGGCCAUACCCUUUUCCAGUCCCCUGGACACACCUACGUCGCACCCCCUUUUCCCGCCCUGCCACGGCCUCGCCCCCCGGGUGGACUCUCAGGAUGGGGCUUGGGACUUUUCUUAGUUUCCUUCAACCCCCACCACUCCCUAAAUGACCAGCACUGCUUCCAGAAACCAGAAUACUACAUUUUCCAUUGCCCAGGUGAGAUAUUUAUUAUUUUUGCUUUUUGUAAGACCUGGUCCAGUGAGGCAGAAGCUGUGUCACUGAAGAGCUGUGAAUAGUCUGCUUUCUGCAGCCUCGGCUGAAAGGAUCAGCCCCAACCUACAGGAAUGUGAAUGCAGGGCGACUGGCCUUGUCUGCAGUGACAGCACAGGCGGUCUGACCUGGCCUUGUCUGCAGUGACAGCACAGGCGGUCUGUCCUGACCUUGUCUGCAGUGACAGCACAGGCGGUCUGACCAGGCCUUGUCUGCAGUGACAGCACAGGCGGUCUGACCUGGCCUUGUCUGCAGUGACAGCACAGGCGGUCUGACCUGGCCUUGUCUGCAGUGACAGCACAGGCGGUCUGUCCUGGCCUUGUCUGCAGUGACAGCACAGGCGGUCUGACCUGGCCUUGUCUGCAGUGACAGCACAGGCGGUCUGUCCUGACCUUGUCUGCAGUGACAGCACAGGCGGUCUGACCAGGCCUUGUCUGCAGUGACAGCACAGGCGGUCUGACCUGGCCUUGUCUGCAGUGACAGCACAGGCGGUCUGACCAGGCCUUGUCUGCAGUGACAGCACAGGCGGUCUGACCUGGCCUUGUCUGCAGUGACAGCACAGGCGGUCUGACCUGAUCUUGUCUGCAGUGACAGCACAGGCGGUCUGACCUGGGCUUAGGCCUGGGUUCCCUCUGCCCCGUCUCUCGGGAUAUUUUCUGUGUUUUGCCUUGUUUUUUCGUUCAUGUUUAUGCGUGCGUCUCAACCAGGGCAUAGAUGGUGAAUUUCUCCAAAGAACCGGUUUGUUCCCAGCAGAGCCCACAUUCUGCCCCACCUGUGAAAAUGACAUUAAAAAUAUGUUGAUUUUUUUUCCAGUGUAUUUAUAACACUAGACGCCUUUUGGUUUGAGCACUUGCCGUCCCGUGUUAAUGAGGGUGGUACUACCUGCAUUACAUGUACUGUUGUUUGUGUGUCCUCCCUCUUGCUUAGAGUUAGUUAUUUCUGGAGUGACUAGUGACUGCAAUAUUCAUCAGUGUUCCUUUGCAAUUCCAGUCAGUUAUUGAACUGCACAUACAUGAAUCGGUAAUGUGAUUUGACAAUGUCUGUGUGUGUGUGUAUAUCCCCCUUGAAAUGUCCUGCUUUGGUUCUGAAUCAACGGUAUUGUGGGGAACAUGCGUUACUACAGCAUAUCAUAUACCUCCAUACGAGGAAUAUUUCAGUGUUCUUGAUCAGUGUUCUGUACCUUGUGACAGAAGAAGCCCACAUUCCCUCACGACGGCAUCCUGUAGGGUGACGUCCCGACAGCAGAAAUUCUCUGCCAGAGCACGGUCAACAUCAGAUGUAUGGCUGCUAUACAUGUUUAAAUGAAGUAUCCGCAAAGUCUGUCAUAUGGCUAUCCGCCUGUCAUAUGGCUAUCCGCCUGUCAUAUGGCUAUCUAUAUUUUACAGAUUAUUUUUAUAUUGUCAUCCUACCAAGUCAACUUAAUAAUCUUAAAAUUAUACAUUACUCCAGCUACUUUUUCCCUUAACAUUUUUGUUCAUGGAAGUAUCUUAUUUUCCCUAUUGAUGCGGUUCCAAUCACUCUUUUUCCCUGGUCAAGACAUCAAAACGUCAAGAGCAAAGUGGCGCGUUGUGACUGAUCUGCACGGCGAUGCCACCAUUCCUGUGCAUUGUACACACGUUUGUAUUGUACAGCUACCUUUGUACGGUUGACUUGAGAUGCUGUUUCACCCUUGCAUUUUAUAUAUUGUGAAGGGAAACCUGUAUAACACAUUUUGACUGUAAAAUACCUUGUGUGCGUUUUUCAAACUGUAUUCUUAAUCUGUUUAUAUGUGUGUGAAUCCUUUUUGUAUAAUAAAAUAUAAGCAUGACAAGGAACCCCA